GUAGCGUGGUAUCGUCGCCAGAUUGACUUGUUUUCAUUGUGUGCGUUCGCUUUUUGUCUAUCAUAUGCUUUCGGUUGGGUGAUAUCGCAAAAGAAGCUGUGACUCGAGAGUUUUCUUUUUUCUUUUUUUAAUGUUGCGGCUCUUUGAGAAACCGUCGACGAAAUUGACCCUCGUUUGGGAUAAAAUAAAAAAAAACAAACAUGAGAUGCCAGUGAAGCCCUGCUGAGAAAGUGUACAUGCGAGGAAGCUGAAGGAUGUUGGUCAACUAAAAUUAAAAGAAGUAGGCGAGGAACAGGACGAGAUAAAAAAAAGAAGGAGCAGCUAUAGCUGAUACUCAAAUCGAGGAUGUGCUACGUUAUAGUGACGAGUCGCAGCCUCUGCUGGACGCUGCUGUCCUUGCUGGCGUUCACGGCCGUCCUGUCGGCCGUCAUAACGCCUCGAUGGCUCGUUGGUCCGCCGAGAAGGACCAAUACGGCAAACAAUGGCACGGAGCACUACUCGCCUACCGUAGGCAUCUACAACAGGUGUACGUGGCUGUACGGGCACAAGCACUGCGGCAAUUUCAACGUCGAGGGUUUCGCGACAGACCCGUCGGUUUUCCCGGCCUGUUGGAAAGCCGCGCUCGUCUUCAUGGCCCUUGGACUCGUUGUAAUGGGCACCACGAUCGUAGCCGCCCUGCUCGGUUGUUGCGUUCAGAGCGUCGGUCGCAAGAGUAUUUUCAAUCUCGCCGGGCUUGCUCAGGGUGUUGCUGGAGUAAUUUAUUUACUUGGGAUGAUAUUGUAUCUCGCCGGAUGGGGCGCCGAAAGAGUCCAGAGAAUAUGCGGCGCAGAGGCAGAUGCGUUUUAUCUUGCCGAUUGCUCCUUGGGCUGGGCGUUCUACAGUGCCGUUUGCGGUAUCCUACUGACGUUUGUGUGUGCAAUACUCAGCGGCCAAGCCGAGAAGUCGACGGCAGGUAACAAAGUCCAAGACAAAGUGAACGAAGGCAAGAGUCUCAUUUGUCUCGUCUGAGACAAAUUUGUUAUAAAAAAAAAAAAAAAAAAAAAAAAAAAGAAAGAAAGGGCGGAUCUGCAGGCCUUUUAUCUUAAGUCGUUAUCAACGGGAAGAACCAGUAACCAGUCAGCCCAUUCCUAGAACGAAUUCCAAGUGCCAUCCACAGAGAUGCGUAUCGCAGCGUAUAUAUUAGUACUGUGCCACCCACGUGUGCGUUAAAAAUACCUAUUUUUUUCGUGCUUUGGCGAUCUGUAAACGGAUUUUUGUAUUUAUCAAUAAUAAAAGUGUACA